ACCGCCACUGAACGCAGCACGAUUACAUAAUAGUCACGUGGUGAUUUGUUUGGAAUAAGAAGGAAGAUGGCUGCCCGUUGGAGCAGUGAGAAUGUGGUGGUUGAGUUUCGGGAUUCCCAGGCCACAGCCAUGUCCGUGGACUGCCUGGGCACCCAUGCGGUGCUGUCAGGCCGCCACUUCCUGUACAUGGUGAACCUGGAGGCCCCGUCUGAACCGCCUCGUAAGAUUGCACGCCAGAGUAAGUGGGAUGUGGGGACGGUCCAGUGGAACCCCCACAGGUCAGAGGCUCACGUCUUUGCUGCCUCGAGUAACCAGCGUGUGGACCUGUACUCGUGGAGGGACGGCUGUGGCGAGGCCCACACCUCCCUGCUGGGACACACUCGGGUCAUCAGUGAUCUGGACUGGUCCUGCUUCGACUCGGAGCUCCUGGCGACCAGCUCCGUGGACACCUACAUCUACAUCUGGGACACCAGAGACACCAGGAAGCCUACUGUGGCGCUGUCUGCUGUCGCUGGAGCGUCUCAGGUGAAAUGGAACAGGAAGAACCAACAUCUGCUGGCAUCCAGUCAUGAUGGAGACGUUCGGGUUUGGGACAAAAGAAAGCCGAGCACAGCAGUGGAGUACGUAGCGGCUCACCUCUCCAAGAUCCACGGCCUCGACUGGCAUUCAGACAAUGAAUAUAUCUUUGCUACGUCCAGCCAGGACAACUCAGUCAGGUUCUGGGAUUACCGACAGCCCAGGAAGUACCUGAACAUCCUGUCCUGUCAGGUUCCAGUGUGGAAGGCCCGGUACACGCCUUUCUCCAAUGGUCUGGUCACCAUCAUGGUUCCUCAGCUGAGGAGAGAAAACAGUUUGUUACUGUGGAGCACCCUCGACCUUAACAGUCCCGUCCACGCCUUCGUUGGACAUGACGACGUGGUUCUGGAGUUCCAGUGGCGACCGCAGAAAGAAGGCUCUAAGGACUUCCAGCUGGUCACCUGGUCCAGAGAUCAGACUAUGAGGAUAUGGAGGGUUGAUCCUCAGCUGCAGAAGCUGUGUGUCAGUGACAUGGUUGAGGACCUGAUGGAGGGGAUGUCUCUCACCGUGGAGUCGGAGAAGUUCAUGUCUUCCCAGGAGCCUGAGAGCCAGCAGACCGUGGGCCCCGAUACAGACAACCUGCAGGAUCCAGACGGCGGUCAUCAGGACUUGGCAGCAGGUUCUGGUCUCGCUCAGACUCUUCAGCAGGAGUUCUCUCUGGUCAACCUGCAGAUCAGAAACGUCAACGUUGAGAUGGACGCGAUGAACCGAAGCUGUGUGGUGUCGGCCCACUUCGGCAGCCAUCAGGUCCACCUGGUGGUCAAGUUCCCGGCCCAGUACCCCAACAACGCAGCGCCCACAUUCCAGUUCACCCCACCGACAACCAUCCCCUCUGCAAUGAAGACCAAGAUCCAGAAGAUCUUGAGGGACACGUCUUUUCAAAAAGUGAAGAGGAACCAGAACUGUUUGGAGCCGUGUGUCCGUCAGCUCGUGUCCUGUCUGGAGUCUGAUAUGACCCAAGAGGACAGCCCAGCGUCUGGACCCUUCGUCUUAUCCAAUCCCGUCACUCCCUCCCUACAGGCGUUUCCUCGCGUCACCAACACUUACGGCUCCUACCAGGAUGCCAACAUCCCAUUUCCUCGAACGUCCGGCGCACGUUUCUGUGGUACCGGCUGUCUGGUUUACUUCACCCGACCAAUCACCAUGCACCGCUGUGCCCCGCCCACUGAACCCACUCCCAGGUCCCUGUCUGCCCUCUCAGCCUAUCACAGCGGAGUCCUGACCCCGAUGAAGAUGCGUUCGGAGCCUCCGAGCACCCUGCGGCUGUACAGCGGCAGCCCGACCCGCUCCGAUAAGGACACCGUCUCCAUCUCCUCCUUCUACUAUAAAGAACGAAAGCUUCCAUUGUCUGCCUCCCGCCGCUGGUCUGUCCAAACCCUUCAUGAUUGGCCGAAAUCCCGGCGGUUUAAGACAAAACGAGAAGGCGUGGACUACAACCGUCCCAUCAAGCUGGCCGGGAAAGUCAUCAUCCAGGAGAUCUCCUGCCUGCUUCCGGUCCACAAAACACUGGGAGAGAGCUACAUCUUGAACAUGAGCGACAUCCAGGAAACGUGUCAGCAGAACGCAGCAGCAGCGCUCACUGUUGGACGAAGAGACGUGGCGAAGGUUUGGGCUCUGGCAGCUGCAGCCACCAGCCAGGAUCUUAACCCAGACUUUGACCCCGACACGGAGACCCCCUGGGCCAGACACCCGUUUGGACGCCACCUGCUGGAGACUCUUCUGGACCACUAUAGUCAGAUGAGUGAUGUCCAGACUCUGGCCAUGCUGUGCAGCGUCUUCAGGUCUCAGGCUCCACCUGACAGCUACUUCCCAUAUGGGCACCAUUCCUCACGCUUCCCAUCACACCAUUCCCGAUACCCCAGCUACACAUCCAGUUCAGUCACCUCGGGUUCCUGCUCCAGCACCUCGGACUCCACCACAACCAGCACCUGGAACACAGUCCGAGAUCCAGAACACACUGCACCCUGGGGUGAAUCCUCCCCUGAUGACUAUCGCUAUGGUAACCAAGGUUAUACCGAUCCUCGAGAACGGGAACGAGAGCUGCACGACAUGAACAAGAGGUUGCUGGACCCGGCCAACACGCUGCAGUUCGAUGACUUUAAGAAAUGUUAUGGAGAGAUUUUAUACCGCUGGGGUCUGAGAGACAAGAGGGCCGAUGUGCUGAAGUUCACGUCCAGCCCCCCAGAAGCCCACAAAGGCAUCGAGUUUGGUGUGUACUGCUGUCACUGUCGGAGUCAGGCUCGUGGGACUCAGUGUGCCGUCUGCAAGCGUUUGACCUUCCAGUGCGCCAUCUGUCACGUGGCCGUCCGAGGAUCGUCCAACUUCUGUCUGAGUUGUGGUCACGGAGGACACACCAGCCACAUGAUGGACUGGUUCUGGAGGCAGGAAGAGUGUCCAGCUGGCUGUGGCUGCCACUGCCUGCUGCAGAGCACCUUCUGAUGUGAGGAUGUUCCAUGACUGCAGACAAACAUGGAGGCGUCGUAAACACUGCAGCCUGAUGGACAGACCUGUCCUGAGGUCUGAUGGGAUUCUGACUGAAGGUCACCAGAACUGCACCACAGAGUCCAGCCGGCGCCGCAGGAGAAGGAUGUCUUCUGUUACAGCUUUGUUGCUAUCAAUAUCACAAGAAGAGACUGUUGACAUCACAGCAUCAGCACCGUUUCAGACCAAUCACAGGCCUGGAGAUGAUGUCAUAGACUGGAGUCACAUGACCCAGUGAGUGUGAGAUGACUGUAUGCAGGUGAGAGAGCUGAAUAAAUUAUGAUUUACACAA